UCACACUCAAAAUUGCAUAAGCAAGAUUUCAAAAUUAAUCCUGUGGAGACCUCAGCCCAGUAUACAAUGGUCCUGGCUGGAAAAGAAGAACUGUGAAUCUUUGACUUUUUUUUUUGUUGUUCAAAUCUUUGCCAUCACUUGCCUUUCUAUCUCCGCCUUCUCUUUCUGCAGGAAACUUUAUUUCCUACUUCUGCACACCAAGUUUCUACCUCCAGAUCUGAGGUUUUUGUUUCUGAGAAGCCUGAAAUACUAGUGCUACCAAGAAGAAGCCAUCCCUGAAAGAAGGGAAAUGGAAGACGGUGAUAUGUUACCUCAGUUCAUCAAUGGAAUACUAUCAACAUCUCAUUCUCUGUUUACAAGAAAUAUCCAAGAGUUUGAUGAAGACACCACCACACCUUAUGAUUAUGAUAAUGGUGAGCCUUGUUAUAAAUACAAUGUGAAGCAAAUCGGUGCCUGGAUCCUGCCCCCACUCUACUCCCUGGUGUUCAUCUUUGGUUUUGUGGGUAACAUGUUGGUCAUUCUCAUCCUGAUAAGCUGCAAAAAGCUGAAGAGCAUGACUGACAUCUACCUGUUCAACCUGGCCAUCUCUGACCUGCUCUUCCUGAUCACUCUCCCAGUCUGGGCUCACUAUGCUGCAAACGAGUGGGUCUUCGGGGAUGUAAUGUGUAAAUUAUUCACAGGGCUCUAUCACAUUGGCUAUUUUGGUGGAAUCUUCUUCAUUAUCCUCCUGACCAUUGAUAGAUACUUGGCUAUUGUCCAUGCUGUGUUUGCUUUAAAAGCCAGGACAGUCACCUUUGGGGUGAUGACAAGUGGAGUCACUUGGGUGGUGGCUGCGUUUGCCUCUCUCCCGGGAAUCAUAUUUACUAAAUUCAAAGAAGAAUAUUAUCACCGCACCUGUGGUCCUUAUUUUCCAUUAAUAUGGAAGAAUUUCCAUGCAAUAAUGAGGAAUAUCUUGAGCCUGGUCCUGCCCCUGCUUGUCAUGGUCAUCUGCUACUCGGGAAUCCUCCACACCCUGUUCCGCUGUAGGAACGAAAAGAAGAGGCACAGGGCUGUCAGGCUCAUCUUUGCCAUCAUGAUUGUCUACUUCCUCUUCUGGACUCCAUACAACAUUGUUCUCUUCCUGAACACCUUCCAGGAAUUCUUGGGACUGAGUAACUGUGAGACUACCAAUCACUUAGACCGGGCCAUGCAGGUAACAGAGACUCUGGGAAUGACGCACUGCUGCAUCAACCCUGUCAUCUAUGCCUUUGUUGGGGAGAAGUUCCGAAGAUAUAUUUCCAUAUUCUUCAGAAAACACAUUGCUAAACGUCUCUGCAAACAGUGCCCAGUUUUCUAUAGGGAGGCAGCCGAUCGAGUGAGCUCCACAUUCACCCCUUCUACUGGGGAGCAAGAAGUCUCAGUUGGGUUGUAAAUCAAGUGUCAGUCUGCUUUU